UCUAAUUUCCUCUCCCUUCUUCCUUCAUUGGCUGAACGGGACUUCUUUUAGUGAAAUUGAUUGUAUUGAAAUAGAAUCUCUAUGGAACGCUUUGCUUUUCAUAGCUGUUGACCCCGCUGGGACAUUCAUUUGUUCACUGCCCUCAAAAGCAGCCCUUGGUACCCCAUUUGUAGAAGAAAUUACUAUACGCCAUUAACCUUUCAGCUUGUGUAUGCAGAACCUUGACAGAACUGAACAGCGGUCUGUUCAACUGAUUAUGUUUCUUGUUAUUUCAGGGGCCAACAGUGUAUUUGGACCCAAAGAGGGUCCAGGGCUGCCUGGUCUCAGUAGUCCUCAUCAUGACACCUGGAAUCGGCUGCACCGAACACCACCCUCCUUCCCGACCCCUCCACAGUGGCCCAAAUCCACAGAUGCAGAAAGAAGCAGCUCUGCAAACAGCCAUGACAGAGAGAGAGAGCGGGAGCGGGAGAAAGAAAAAGAAAGGGAAAGAGACAAAAGGGACUCUUCUAUUGGGAAGGAAGAGAAGGAUAAAGACAGAGACUCUUUAGAUCGUAAUCGCCAUUCGACCCGCUCUUCUCCAGCUUCCGCUCCCGUUAGCUACCAGAUCAGCAGCCUGAUCCGCUCCAACAGCCAGAACUCGACCGACUCCGGCAGACACCGCAGCGGUAGUGCCGACCGCAACCGUGAGCCUGAGAAAGAGUUGCUGGACCGCCAGCGAGAGGCAGGCAUUUUGGGAGACAUAAAGGUGAAGGAAAGUCGUUCUCCAGGAAAGGAAAUCACAGACAGACGUUCCUCAGAUGACUCUCUUAAAUCCAUCCACCGAUCGCCCUCUCCAUACUCGAAAAAUGUCCUUAACGAUGCAGGAAUCAAGAUGGGUAUCCCACAACCGCCACCGAUGAAAGAAAGUGAGAGGGAUAGGAAGGAGACCAGCUCAGGGGAUCUGCUACAGAAGGUGAAGAACGACAUGAAGAUCAAGGAGGAACGCAAGGAAGAGCCAGACGUGAUGGUGGUUGGAUCCGAAGCUGCCACUAAACCUCAAGUCCCUCCCCCGCCUCACCAAACCACACCAAUUGCUCACCACCCUGCGCUAUCCCAUCAGCCUCCUCCGCCGUCUCCUCGCUGUAGUGACCCUCCAACACCGUCCUCACUUCACGGCGUCCCCAUGCCACACUCGUUGCCGCUCACUCUGAGUGCCAUGCAUCAAAUAGGAAGUCUGAAUGCACUUGAACGCACCCGCAUGGCACCUUUUAUGGGAGUCAGCCCUCUCGCAGCAGGUCGAGACCGCCUUCCUCAUCCGGCGUAUUGCUGGGAUCCCCUACGAGAGGCUUACCGAAACCUUGACCUUCAACGGCGUAUGGACUUCCAGCUGCGUUCUGAGCCCGGACACCGCUUCCCUGGUGUCUACGAUCUAGAACGGCCAUAUCGGGAUCGGGAGCCACAUGACUACUCCCACCACGAACACCUCCUGGAAUUUCGGCGGGAACAGGAGAGACUGAGGCAACAGGCUGAGGAAAGGGAACGGAUGCAUUUAAGGGAGGAACUAGAUCGGGCAAGGCUCCACCAGCUUCACCAAUCGCCCAUCGAAGGACACUUACCCCACAUGCCGCCAUUUAUGUCGCACCUUGGUGGGAUGCCGUACCCAAGGCUUAGCCCUUCAACAGGACAUAACGGACUUCUUAACCGGACACCCCCAACUGCAGCACUAAGUGCCCCUCCUCCUCUGGUACCCUCUGGUGCUGCCAGACCAGCGUCCCCAAGACGGACUACGCCAAUCACCACCCAGGACCCUCGGGAGUACUCACCGUCACGCAACCCCAAAGAAGUGGAGGCACGGUAACAUACAGAAAGAAGAAUGCCUCAUUUGAGUUGGACACUGGCAACAUGCACUUAUUUUCACACAAAGUAGAGUAAAUGAUAAAUAGAUAUGUGUAAUUUGUACAAAUGUUUGUACCUUGGAACAAGCACAUCAACCGGCUUUUUUAAUUGAUUGGAGUUGGGGAAAAGAGUUGGUAGCUCCAACUCAUGGUAGCGUAAGACAUAAAUGUGAACUACCAACCAGAAAUUUAAUAUUAAUAUAUUAAUCCGAUGCCUUUUCAGUUUUUCAUGUGAAAAGACAUUCUGAAAUUUGUUUGUACAUUUCCUAUCCCUCAUGUACAGACAUUUUUUUAUGUAUUUGCAUUGUUUCAUUCGUUCCCUGCCCUGUAUUUAUCCUAGUGAGCUGCUGGAUAUGGAUGUCUACAUAUCUGAAUUGGUAUGAUCUCAGCUGAUUUGCUCUAUGGUACCUGGAAAUAUUCAGCGGUGGCCAUGUACAAAGUUACAUUUUGGAGGGGGUUUUAUUUGUUUGCUUGAUUUUCUUUUUGAGAUAUGCAGACAAAUAUGUAUUACGAUAUUCUUGUUUGGUUUAUGUAAAGUUUAAAGAUAUUGUAAAUAUCUUGUUGAUAUUACUUGGAACGAAAUGACAUUGUACAUUUGUUAGGCUUUUCAAAUGUUUCUAAAAAAACAAUGAAAUGAAACAGAACCACUUCCAGGUUGAAAACCGUGGUGACGGAGUUGUCCAAUCAGAGAGGAGGACUCGAAUGGGGGUGCUGUCAUGGCGGUGCAAUCUAUGCAAAGAUGAUUAAGAGUGUUCUGAUUGGAAGGUUAUAAAAUGGAGUUCUAAAGUGGGAGCCUGGAUAACUGUUAUUCAUUUGUCUAAUGAAGAGCCAAUGAAACAAACAGCUAUAAACUUCCGGGUCAUAAAGGAACUGCUUUAGCAGUGAACACUUCUCCAGCCACAAAACCUGGACAUCUGAGAAACAUAUUGGAAUGGUUGGGGUGGCAAUAGACUCUUUCUGUCGACCUUGUGGUGUUGUGCAGUUGUUUUUCUUAGACUCUUGUAUACAAAACAAGUAGAGCUUUAGGCGUGAAAAAAUGAAAAUGAACAUUCAUGGUUUAAAAAUGUAUGGAAUAAAGGUUGGACCUUAUA